GAUAGCUCUUUGGAAAACGAUCGUUGGGAAGUGACAGCUGUGGAUUGACAAGAGCCUAAAUGAAGACAUUCGGAAACUUUCAUUAAUAGAAUUUAAUAUUAUCUGUGGAUUAUUUUGGAGGGUUUGGAGACAUGUUUCUUCAUGCUAAAUACAAUGAAAUUGCGUCGCUGGGUCGUUCCUGAUUAUCUCCCAUCUAAGAGAGGGAAUUGGGGACAAGUCUCUGCGCGUUGACCAAAUUAUACAACAUUUCUCAUCAUCUUCUAAAAGAUCUGGACAUUUCUUUGACUCCAUCAAAGAUUUUGGGGCAAAAUUAUACACAGGGUGACAACCGACCCAUCGAUCGAGUCGCAUGCACCACAAACCAUUCAUUUAGCACGACUCGAACUCGAGGAAGGAGCAUGAUUUAUAGCACAUCUUUAUCUCGGCUGUAUCUCCGAUGUUUAAUUUAAGAUGAAUCAUGGCUCCCCUGAAACAGAAAGUGCAAUUUGGUUAACGUCUCUGUUGUGAACUUUUCGAAAGAAAUAUAGGUGGAAAACCGUUUAGGAAGCAAUGACUCAACGUUGUAGUCGAGCAUAUGAAGAUCGAUCUCUUGGUAAGAAAGGAAAGAUACACCUGGACAGAAAAUACAUUUUAAUUAAUUAAAUUGUCUAUUUGAUAAUCAUUAUUUGGCUCGGAAUUCGCUUAAGUCUUAUGACUCGUUCCUGAAUCCUGCCGUACAAAAAUUUUCAGAAGUCAUUUCUCUUUUCUUAACCCCAUCGACAUGCGUCUUGAAACUCAUGUCUCCUGGAUUAUCAAUGAAGAAAUUCGGAGGCCUAGAUGAAUGAAAUUCAUUCUCUAGUGUCGUCAGAGAGUUUUCUACUGAGUGACGGGAGAUCACCCUGGAGGAACACAGAAGAAGAGGUCGGGAGCGCGGCCCGGGGUCAACACGACCAAUUCUCGUAGUUCGACCACUCCACUGUGCGGUCUCGAAGUCGCGUUGCCAAGCAGACAACAUCCAACUUCAUCUCAGUCAAAAACUUGCGCGUCGUGCGUCGCCCGACGUGAAAACCAUCACAAUUUCUGACUUUUACAGUGAUUGCCCUUGUCAUGUUUCGGGGUCAGGAUCAAUUAUCAUUUGGAAUUAAAAAGAGGCUACGCGUGACAGGCUCACCCACCACAGCCCCAUUCGGCCAAAUGCUCGUUUCAUAUUCUUCACGCGUCCGCUGUCGAGAUCAUGUCUUUGUGCCAAUCUCCGCCGCUGAUUGACAGGGUUGUCCCGUCGAGCUGACGCCGAUAGCCUACGGGGAGAGUAGCCGCAUCCCUCGGUGCCACAAAUCCGCUAAUCGCUGAGAAACCCCAUGGUGACAUAAACUAACAGGUAAUUCUACUAUCAUAACCUAAAAAAAUGGACCUCUGCAAUCCAUGCAAUAAUAGAGAGGAAAAAACCCCAUCUUUUCGCUCCCGUAAAAUGCCAGCGAUUGUAGUAAGUAAUUGCUCGGGUCAGGAGGUCGUGGACACACUACAUGCACUAAACUAGCCAUCAACUCAGGUGAUCAACCACAAGCGGAUGCCAAGAGGAAAGACACAUCAACAUCAUUCAGACAUCAGCAGAUAGUAAUUUCGUUCAUCAAACUUUUAAAUGUACAAGUCCGAGGAUUAUCAAUAAGUCGAAAGAUAUGCAGGAGCAUUGAACCUGGAAAAAGACAGGAAUGGUUGACGAAAAUUUGACGAAAUUUCUUGACGUUUUUAACCUUAUCUCGUUCCACGUAUAUAUUGAGAUGGAUAACAGUCUUUGAAAUCCUGGAUGCCUGUGGACCACGAAGAUCAGUUUUUAUCCGAACAUAAUUCGCCGAAUUGUCCUCAUCCCAAGGAAACGAAAACGUAGCAGUCAUCAAUUUAGAUCUAUAGUAUAGGCCUACUGGAAUGAUAUCGUCAGCUUAUAUCUCAAAUUGAAAAAUCUAUGGGGCCAAAUGGAAGCGAGUGGACGUCAUGUUCUAAUCACUUUUUGAGAAUAAGUUUGAUCCCGGAGUUUCAUACGACUGGCUGGACGAACGAUGAUCCAAUACUAGUGACAAUCUUUGAAUCGUCAUAAUUAUCACGUGUCACCAUUUCCGCUACAAUUUCCAAAGAACUAUUUUAGAUGACUAUUUUAUACAACAUGGAGGAAUCAGGAGAUAAGACAUUUUGCACCUGCAUGCUACAUUGCAGUAAUAUGAACUUGUCAAGGAGAUUGCGACAUAAGGCAGUAUCUCACAGACAUUAUAAUAAUGCGCCUUUAACAACAUUCCAUCGUGCGUUUAUAACGAUGUGCAUCGUGUUAGCCCUUUGCCACGGAGACCAUGGCCAAAGUCUUUACGAACGGGAAAGAAUCUUUCUAGACCUACGUACUGGAAUCGUCGAACAAGGUCAGGGUGAGUUCAUCAAGCUCUUGGUCUAUCCAAAAGCCUCGCCAAAUUUCGGCUGUGACGGACAGGCCGUCCUUAAAAUCUCAUUCGCCGGGCCCUAUCGGAUGGCUCGCCUUUUUUUGGACUACUACGAACCACCCCGGAACUGGACGUUGGACAUCUCCGACUCACCCGGUGGUGACGGAAUGGGAGGCGAUGGCGACCUAACGUCUAACAUGGCUGAACUACAGAUACGCGACAAACAAAUGCGUGUCUACAGCAACGGACUCUCCGGGUACACCUCCGAGACCUUGAAUGGCGGUCUCCUACUCAAGAUAGUUGAUGAUAUCGUCCAAGCUGGCACGAAACUCAAGUUGGAGAUAGCCGACGAGAAGGUCAGGUGGAAUAACCGUGAGAGCAGCAAGGGGGUCAUGGAAAGUCGAUAUUUAUUCACACUGAAUGGUCAGAUACCCGAGUACGGGGAAAUGGACCACGAUAUUUACGUCGGAUUGAAUCGGGUUCCUUCGAGCACCUCUCGGACGGGAUCGGGUCUUUGUCGGGCGACGAUUAUUAUGAUGUCGGAAAGAGAUCCUGAACCUACAUCCGCGUCGGGUAAGUCCAAACACUUCUUUUCAGCUUGGGAACGAUAUUGUGUAUAUUUACCUCGCAAAAGUGACAGAAGUUUCCUUUCCGAAAACCUUGUCGUGUCUUGCUGUAAGCCAUUCAGCGGCAUAACCAACAUAGACACAUACCUACGAGGUGAAAUGCGAAUCGCUUGUCAAACUGUUUAAAUAUAUAACCAUAACAUAUUGGCAUUAUUCUAAUGCCGGAGCAAAACGAUGUAGUGAUGUUGCUCCUAUCGUUGGGAUGCACUCCGGAAUCAAAGAGGACUUUCUAUCACACUUUGUAACAGAACAAG